AACAUCAGAGCUGGAAGGAGUCGCCCGGAGUCUGCAGGCUUCACACAGAAAGCUCUUCAGAAGACAACGAGGCCUCAGGAGGGACCUGCCCUCUUCAUCUCCACGACGCUCAUCAUCACAGCAAGACCAUGAGCGCUCACGGGCACAACCACUCAUUAGACUACUUUAACGGCACACCGUGGUUUGUCUACGAGUGCACCAUCGAGCUGGAUACGGACUAUCGGCGCAUCGCCCUUUUCCUGAUCUACCUCUUCAUCUUCAUGGUGGGCCUGCUGGAGAACUCGCUGGUCGUCUGGGUCAACUGGCGUCGAUGCCACUCGGCCAGCGGGGUUCUCUUCUGCAUCAUCAACGUGAGCCUGUCGGACCUGAUGGUGAUUGUGAUCCUGCCUUUCUUCAUGAUGGAGGUGACCAUGGACAAGGUUUGGCUGUGGGGACGCUUCCUCUGCAAGGUCACCAACCUCAUCUAUGUGGUCAACUUCUACAGCAGCUCCUUCUUCCUGGCCUUCAUGACCCUGGAGCGCUAUCUCUCCCUGACCAGACCCUCGUUUCCGGCCUUCUUCCCCGCGGUGGGCCGGCGCCGCUGGGUGCUCUGCGGAGGCCUGUGGGCGCUCUCCUUGUUCCUGGCUCUGAUGGAGAACGUCCACGUGGAUCUUCUAGAGUGGGAGGAGCCAGGCUGUUACAUGGUGCCAGAGUACAACUACACCGAAUGGUUCGUCUCCGUGGCAUUCCUUUGCCUGCUCUUCCAGUUCCUGGGCCCUGCUGCCAUCAUCGUCACCUGCAACGUGCUGAUCGCUCGUGCAGUUAAAACAGCCCCGGAUGUGCAGAGCCGGCGGGACGUGUGGCUGGUGCACGUGUACUCCCUGGUGUUCGUCAUGUGCUGGCUGCCCUACCACCUGGUCUUGUUCCUGAUGAUCAUAGAUGACCUUGACCCCUUCAUCUUCAGCUGCAACAUGGUGGAAGUCCUCUACUUCUCAUUCAGCGUGGUGCAGAGCUUGUCUCUUUUCCACUGCGUCGCCAACCCCAUCCUCUACAACUUCCUCAGCAAGAGCUUCCGCAACAACCUGAUCAACGCUGUGGUGGACUACAUACCCAGAGAGCGGACUGAGGACCUGGUAGGAGCAGGGACCCUGCCGAACGCUCCCAACGGAGGCGGCGCAGACCCGGGGAAGCAACGCAAGUUAAGCAACGCCAGCACCAGCCAGUCUGAUGUGGGCUCAUAAGAAAGAAAGUGAGACGAGAAAAGAGCUUGCUUCAGGAGCAAGACGACGAGAAGAAAGACCGGACAGAACUGAACCCAGUCUCGGUGCUUCAGAACACCAGAGGCACAGAUUGUACAACGUACCAUCUCACAGACUCAUUGUGCUGAUUGUUACGGAGCAGAUGGGCUCUCCAACACCUUCCUCUAAUAAUCCACUUCCUGUUGUUUGUUUUUUUUAAAUCAUUUAUCUGAUCAGAGUUUGAAACGGAGGAAGGCAGGAAACGUUUGAUGUUUUUUUUUUUUCCUCAAAGCUGCUCGGCUCCCACAGGAACUCAUGGCAACCUCUAAAAUCUCACGGCACAGCGCCAAACCAGGAAUGUGUGUAAACAACUCAGUCCAGCGCCAGAUAAGAGCAAUCCUCAUAACCACAGAAACAUCUCGCAAAUCUGAAAAUGUAACCGAACAGAUGCUUUCUUUCAUCACAAAUCUAACAGUUCACUUUACUCAAUGCUUAUUUAUCUGUUUCUGGAUGCUGCUGUAGUCUACGUGUGCUGUAACGUGGCAAUAAA